CCAUUUUCAUGGAGUUCAAUGGCUACUAAACUUAAAAAUCAUUUAAAUUCCUCGCAAUUUAAGCUCAACAAUGGCGGAAUCUACCACCGGGCCGCCGCCGGCGUAUUCUCUAUCAUCCACGGACGACAAGACGGGGCGUCACUUCGAGGAAGGCGAGAACCCGUUCGAAGGGAAGUGCUCUUGCUUAACGGUAGCUCUUUGCCCUUGUCUCGUAUGUUUCAUGCUUGUGAUGAUAAUAGUCUCAAUCGUACUGACUGUCAAGUUCCAUAUAUUUUGCCACACUCCUCUUGGAUCUCUCCUGUACAAGAAGAAGUGUUAGUAGGUUCAAACCCUAGGUCAAUUCAUGUAAAUUCGCAAUCAAAAUCGAUUACUUUUGUAAACCCUAGGUCUAAUGAUGUGCAUUCCGCUUUAUCACUUAGUUUUAGACAAAGAAAUAUGUUACAUUCCAUUUCGAAGUUGAAAAAUCCUGAUCUAUUAGAGAAAAUAUCGCACUCCCGAAUUAGGAGGUUUUGCGAAGCUGCAAAUUCUGAUGGUGAAUCAGAAGGGGAAGAUGUUGAAGGUGAUGAGAGUGUAGCUGUGAAGUCUGUAGCUGAUGAAAAGGAAGUCAGACGGGUUUGUGAUGUGAUUGAGGAAUUGUUUGCCUUGGAUCGAAAUAUGGAAGCUGUUUUAGAUGAAUGUGGAGUUAACUUGACUCAUGAUCUGGUUGUGGAUGUAUUGGAAAGGUUCAGACAUGCUAGACGGCCAGCUUUUAGGUUCUUUUCUUGGGCUGGUCAACAGCCAGGGUUCAGCCACGAUUCAAGAACGUGUAAUUCGAUGAUGAGUAUACUUGGGAAAACUAAGCAAUUCGAGACUAUGAUCUCUUUGCUUGAUGAAAUGGGUGAGAAAGGAUUGCUCACAUUAGAGACGUUUCAGAUUUGUAUCAAAGCAUUUGCAGCUGCACAACAAAGGAAGAAAGCCGUUGGAAUCUUUGAAUUGAUGAAGAAACACAAUUUCAAAGUUGGGGUCGAUAGCAUUAACUGUUUGCUUGAUAAUCUUGGUAGGGCAAAGCUUGGGAAAGAAGCUCAACUUUUGUUUGAUAAGUUAAAAGGUAGGUUUACACCAAAUAUACAAACAUAUACGAUCUUGCUAAAUGGUUGGUGUAAAGUUGGAAAUCUGUUGGAGGCAGGGAAGGUGUGGAAUGAGAUGAUAGACAAAGAUAUGUAUCCGGACAUUGUGGCCCAUAACACCAUGCUUGAAGGGUUGUUAAAGGUCCACAAAAGGUCUGAUGCUGUGAAGUUGUUUGAGGUCAUGAAAGCAAAGGGUCCAUUUCCUAAUGCAAGGAGCUAUACAAUCAAGAUUAGCGAUCUAUGCAAGCAAAAACGGAUGAAAGAGGCUGUUGAGUGCUAUGAGGACAUGCUGAACUGUGGCUGCCUGCCAGAUGCUGCAGUUUACACAUGUUUGAUUAAAGGUUUCGGAAACCAAAAGCAGAUGGAUAAAGUUUACGGAUUGUUGAAAGAGAUGAAGGAAAAAGGAUGCCCGCCUGAUGGAAGGAUGUAUAAUACUCUGAUCAAAUUGAUGGCAAACCGCCAAAUGCCAGAUGAUGCAGUGAGGAUAUACAAGAAGAUGAUUCAGAACGACAUUGAGCCAACGAUCCACACCUAUAACAUGAUGAUGAAAUCAUUCUUUAGGGCAGAAAAUUACGACAUGGGUGUUGCAGUUUGGGAGGAGAUGAACGGAAAGGGUGUUUGCCCAGAUGAUAAUUCGUAUAUUGUGUUAAUAGGAGGACUCAUUAGGCACGGAAGAGGAAUGGAGGCAUGCAAGUAUCUUGAGGAAAUGAUACAGAAAGGCAUGAAACCGCCUCAACUUGAUUACAAUAAGUUUGCUGCCGAUUUGUGUGGGACUGGUAAACCUAACGUACUCGAGGAAUUGGCUCGAAAGAUGAGAUUGGAAGGUAAGCUUGAGGUUUCUGAUAUCUUUUCUAGGUAUUCCAAGACGAUCAAGAAAACAGGUGAGCUUUAACUUUGUUGGAAACCAAGUUGUUUAAGUGCACACUUUAGCAACUUUGUAAGUAGAAUGCUCUCUUUUUGUUGGUAUUAAUAUGAGUGUUUGAUUUACGAAAGAUGAUAAGACUUAAUUUAUUAUUAUCAUUGUCUUAUAUUAUGGUAAGGAAACAAUGGAGAUA